UGACACUUAUGACAGAAGAUAGUAGUAAAUUUAUAAAAAUAAUGAUAUCGUAAUUUUAUUUUAGAAAAUAUAUGUAAUUAAAUAAAUAAAAAAACACGACAAAAUGAGUGAUUUAUUUAAAUCGGCGAUGGGAUAUUUUGGUUCAACCAAUAAUGGGGCUGUUGAUAAUGAAUUCGUCGGACAAAUUGUUGAAAUAGGGGAUGAAAAAUUUCGUAUAAAAAGAGUGAUCGCUGAGGGUGGUUUUGCAUUUGUUUUCAUUGCCCAAAAUAGUAAAGGAGCCGAAUUUGCAUUAAAGCGACUACUUGGUGCUGAUAAUGAAGCGAAUGAAAAUAUACGCCGUGAAAUUCAAAUAUUAAAAAAAUUAAGUGGUCAUCCAAAUAUUAUAAGAUUCAUAUCUGGAUCGUAUAUAGAUAAAAGUCAGUCUACGCAUGGUCAAUCUGAGUAUCUUGUACUCACCGAAUUAUGUACAGGUGGAUCGUUAAUAGAUGUACUUCGGAAUCGUACCACACCAUUAGAAGUUGAUGUAAUUUGUCGAAUAUUCUAUCAAACAUGUCGAGCUGUUGCCCAUAUGCACAAUCAAGCACCACCAAUAACACAUCGUGAUUUGAAAGUUGAAAAUUUGUUAAUUGGUGCUGAUGGUAUGAUCAAACUAUGUGAUUUUGGUUCAGCCACAGUCGAAGUAUAUUGUCCUCAAAAUAGUUGGUCAAUGUCACAACGAACAAAUUUAGAAGAAUUAAUGGCACGUUUUACCACACCCAUGUACCGUGCACCAGAAAUGGUUGAUACAUGGGAUAAUCGACCGAUUACGUGUGCAAGUGAUGUGUGGGCAUUAGGAUGUGUUUUAUAUAUGUUGUGUUAUAUGCAACAUCCAUUUGAAGAUGGUGCUAAAUUAGCUAUACUUAAUGCAAAUUAUACGAUACCUGCAGGAGAUGCGAAAUAUUCAUGUUUUCAUGACAUUAUUCGUGGAUGUUUGCAAGUAAAUCCGGAACAACGACUAACAGUUCCUGCAAUUUUAGAACGUUUAGCAGCUAUUGCUGAAGCACGAAACUAUAACUUAAAAGAACCAUUAAAAUUGGAUGGUAAACGUUUAGAUAGCGCAGGAAAUAUUAAUAAUAGCAAUCAUAAUAGUCCGAUACAUAAUUUAAAUAAUGCACCGCCACAACGACCUCCACCAGCUAGACCAGCACCUCCAAAGCCAAAUGAACCACCACAAAGACCAACUCCACCGGUUAAUGCACCUCCUCCAAGACCCGCACCCGUUCAGUUACCACAGCAAAGUCCGAUAAAUACUGGUGGUAUGGCUCAAAUACCAAACCGCCCAGUUGUACCACCAGCCGCAGGUGGUGGGGGUGGUUUGUUUUCAUCAAUUAAAGGUGGCGCUGGUAGUUUUCUUAAGAACUUAAAAGAUACGUCAUCGAAAGUUAUGCAAACUAUGCAACAAUCAAUUGCUCGAACGGAUUUAGAUAUAAGUUAUAUAACAUCAAAAAUAAUUGUAAUGCCAUUUCCUUCCGAAGGUCUUGAAUCGGCAUAUAAAACAAAUCAUAUUGAAGAUGUGAAGGUAUUCUUAGAAACACGUCAUCCAAAUGGAAAAUAUUCUAUAUACAAUUUAUCUGGUAAAAGUUAUCAAGCAACACGUUUUGGUCCGGGUGUGCGCGUUAUAGAUUGUGCAUUUGCAUAUUCACAUAAUUGUAAAGCACCAACAUUGAAUGCUUUGUAUCAAAUUUGUGAAGAUAUUUAUCAAUAUAUUGCCGCUGAUGAACGAAAUGUUUGUGUUAUUCACUGUUUGGAUGGAAAAGCAACCUCAGCUACAAUAGCAUGUGCAUUAUUAUUGUAUGCAGGGUUAUUUAAUGUACCAGAAGAUGCAUUACAAUUAUUUGCCGUUAAACGACAACCACCAAAUAUGAGAGCAGCUGAAUUACGUUACCUCUAUUAUCUUACAACAAUUAUCAACCAAUCAACGACAACACAAUUUUUAAAACCUCAUUAUAAACCUAUACUUUUAGUCUCGAUUACAUUACAACCAGUACCAUUAUUUACAAAAGUACGUGAUGGUUGUAGACCGUAUGUUGAAAUUUAUAGUGGUGAACGUUGUGUCUUAUCUACGUUAAAAGAGUAUGAACGUAUGCGUGUAUUUAAUAUAGCCGAAGGAAAGGUGGUAUUACCGUUGGAGGCUACAGUUUGUGGUGAUGUCAGUAUUAUUAUAUAUCAUGCACGCCAUUCGCUGGGACGACCUGCUGGAAUCAAAAUAUGUAGUAUACAAUUUCAUACAGGAUUUAUAGAGCCGCAUGAAACUACAAUUAAUUAUGACAAGUCAGAAUUAGAUGAUAUGACAGAGUCACACCAACAAGAGCACUUUGGUGGUAAUUUUCAUGUACUUUUGGAUGUAUCUGUGUGUGAUGGUGAACGUAGACCUGCUAGACCUGCACCAUGGACAAACGACACCAAACAAAGAACACCAACGGUAUUAUUUAGUUCGCAAAUUGAACAAGAUGAAUGUGUAGAUAACUUUGUUAGCAGACCGUCGCCGGUGCAAAAGGAAAUGCCACAAAAGCCACCACCACCACGACCAGCCAAACCUAGCCCUCCAUUAACAAUUCAAUCAGAUCGGAUCAAUGAAAACACUAGUUCGUCAAAUGUUCCAGAACAAUCAUCUCCAGUUGAAACAAAAGAAGAAACUGUUGAUUUAUUAAACUUAAGUUUGGAUCAAACAUCACCGCCGCCAUCUGCAACAGCACAAACAAACAAUACUCAUACAUUAAACAGUUUAAAACAAACGAGUUUUGAUCUCUUAGGUGGUUUUGCAAGCACAAUAAGUGAUACAUUUUCAUCAUUUAUACCUUCUUCAACGGCUGCUACAACAAAUAAUGCACCAUCAAUACAAUCUCAACCUGAUCUCAUUAGUAGUACAACUAAACAGAAUGACUUAUUUGAUCCAUUUGGUAAUACUGCAACGAUACCCCAAACACAACAGCAGACUGGUCAGCCACAAGGGGGUGGUGGAUCCACACUUGACAGUUUAUUAGGUGGUUGGGAUUCAUUUAUGAGUGCACCCAAUACUGUGAAUAAAGGCAGUAUGAAUAAUUUAUAUAAUGCACAGCAAAAGAAUGUUGAAAUUCCGCCAAAACAGAAGGAUCCAUUUGCUGAUUUAGGCAAUUUGAGUAGUUCUUUAAAUAACUCAUGGUCUUCAUCGAAUCAAGUAAGUCCAAAUCCAACUGCAGGACCAAGUCCUGCACAUCAACCUGGAUUCCCUGGACCUGGAGGUACAUACUCACCACAAAAAGGUAGUAAUGCAACAUCACCUCAACAUUCAACGACUCGUUCACCACAAGACUCAACGGGCCCAAAUCGACCUGAUUACAGUCGAUCACAUUUUGAUACCGCUUUUGGUGGUAAUAAAAAUGCCAAUGCUAAUGAAAAUAACAAAAAUGCUGGAACAAAACCAAAAAGCGGUGAUGUUUUUGGUGAUUUACUUGGCUCGCAGGGAUAUCAAUUUGCAUCAAAACGCGAAAAUUCACCACGUACUAUAAAUGAUAUGAGAAAAGAAGAAUUGGUUAAAGACAUGGAUCCUGAGAAAUUAAAGAUACUUGAAUGGACGGAAGGAAAAACUCAUAAUAUUCGAGCUUUAUUAUGUUCAAUGCACACUGUCGUUUGGGAAGAUUGUAAAUGGAAAAAAUGUGAAAUGCAUCAGUUGGUAACACCGGCGGAUGUGAAAAAAGCAUAUAGGAAAGCAUGUUUGGCAGUGCAUCCUGAUAAACAAAUGGAUACUGAAAAUGAAAAUUUAGCAAAAUUGAUUUUUAUGGAAUUAAAUAAUGCAUGGAGUGAUUUUGAAAAUGAUGCAUCACAACAAAAUAUGUUUGCGAGUUAAUUCGUUUAAAAAUACCAAGUUUUAGCUCAAAUAAUACAUCUCAACGUCUACUUAAAACAAGAAAAUAUUUGACUUCAUUGUGCAUUCCAAUAAUAUUUAAUUAAAUUAUUUAUAAAAUUGUUUUAAUAAAGUUCAAAUAUAGUUUAUCGGUGUGCUACUCUAUUCAGCUAAAUGUUUGAAAUUCGUCUCGAAAGUCAGUUUGUACAGGACUUCUUUCACUACUUUGCUGUUAAUACAAGUUUAUUUUAAACAAUAAUUCAACUGCUUAAAAAUAUUAUUAUUAAAUGAAGAGCAAUAAGUAGAUAAGAUUGAAAUGUCACUGGUGAAAUUUUCAGUUUCAGCUAAAUUUUAAUUAAUUGUACGAUAAUUUUAAGGGAAGUGUAUUAUCAGGACACAGCAGUGACUAAAAGAUCAAUCAAUGUGCGUAUUCAAAUCCACAAGUGACGGUUGUCUACCUAAAUAGAACAUUGUUAACAUACUCCUAACGUUUUUUCUUAAAAGUAUACUAUUUUAUGCAAACGAAAUUUUUAAGAAUGUCAAUUAGAAUUAAAUUAAAUGUCCUACACGUCGCCUAUAUUUUUAUUUAGCACAGAUUGGCUUUCGAACAAAUUUUUGAGAAUAUUCGAAUACCGUUGAAAAUUACGAAACAUUUCAGUGCCAAUUUUGUUUUUACUUUAUUUAUUUUCAUUUAAUUUUAAGUUUAGAAGUGUAUAGUUUGCAUUAUUAGAAUAUAGUUCGCCCAGGAGAGCAAAGACAAUUUUUUUAGCACACAAUUGAAAUGCAACGGUAUUUAUAUAUUAAUUCGAAACUUAGCUUAUAAAAAUUUCGCCACCAAAUAUUUAAAAAAAAAACGUACAUGACUUUUUGAAUUACGAAAAAUGUACAGAAAACAAUUCAAUUUUGGGUAAUAAUAAUAUAGUUGAUAUUAAAAUUGAAUAAACACGGUUUGUUAUUCCUUGGGAUAUAUUAAAAAAAGUUUCAAGUUCUUAUUGCAACUUUACAUAUAGAGUGGCAAUCGAUUUGAUAAACCGAAAAAUACUAAAUACUUCUAAGAUAAUGGAAACUAUGAUUAUUUUAUGUAUAACUCUUUUAUUUUUAAUGGUCUACAGAACUUAAACGUUUCUAUAUAUAAUUAUUUUAAACUUAAUGUAAUACUUUAUUUCAUGGAGUAAAAUUAAAUUUUCUAAGACAUCGCUUAAUGAGCUUCUAUUUAAAAGGUAAUUAAUUAUUUUAUUAUUGAUUUAAGCCAGCAGGAAUUAAGGAUCCACAAUAUAUGUAUGCCAAUUUUACAUUGCUUUUUAUUUUUUUAAUAUCAAUUUGGCGUACAUCACACGUGGUUUGAUGUAAAGUUCUAAAAUUGUAUGGUCUAUGUUCCAAGGUUGCGGUUUGUCAUCCGACCUUUCAAGUUAUCAACAUUCUGAAGGGCAUAAUGUUGCCAGUCUAUAUCUAAAAUUACAAUAAAGAUUACUUUUAUUUUAAAUUGUUCAAAAAUUGCAAGAACGUUUCCAUUUAUCGUAAAAUUAUAACGUAAAAUCAUUUCGAUCGUCACUCUGAUUAUUUUAAUUAAAUACAUUUGUUGAACUAAGACGAAUUCGUUUUAUUUUUU